GUGGGUGGGAUGACUGUGGUGUGUGUGUGUGUGUGUGGCCGAGGAGGACCUGCCUUCUCCCUCAUUCUACUACGUAUCAGCAUCCCCUUACAAAUAGGGCUGGGUCUGUUAUCAGUGGAUCUGUUGGCAGUCUUGCGUACUGCAGCUGAGCGCAGAAGGAUUGGCUUUAUUGCACUAGAGGGAACAAAGUUCCUGUUACACCGGUUGAUAGUCGUCGCCAGCCUCCCCCAGCAACUCGCAGACAGGAAAGACCUGGGAGUACACUACGAAGAACUGAACCAGCGCUUGCAGAGGUAUUACCAAGGAGAUGCUAUCACAGGCCUGCUUUUGCUGUACCCAACCUGCAUGCUUCAUGUCAUUGAGUCCUCCAGCGAGGUUCUUGUGUCUCUGCUGCAGGAUCUGAGGGACAUGCAGGAACAGCCACACUGUGUCCUGAUCGAGGCGCCCAGGGUCCUGGUGAUGUCACAUGACCUUCCCAGCAGGUUGUUCCAGCAGUGGAGUUACAAGGUGCUGAAUGUGCCGGCCAGGGUGGGUGGGAUGCUGAGUAGAGACGGGCUAGAGAAGGAGGAGGAGGAGGACACCGACACACUGGUCAGCACCGCCCUGUCUAUGCUGCUCAAGCUGGGGAAUCACCUCCUCAAAGCCACCAAGGGGUCAAAGAUGCCUCUGGGCUCUGUUCUGGAUGCAGUACCAGAGAUGAUAGUCCCUCAGGAUAUUCUGGUUCAGCUCCUGUCCAGAGGAGACCUUCUGAGCCCCCAGCAGUACCUGCAGGCCUACCACACCCCUCUCCACAUCCUCAUGGACUCUGGGCACGCGUUUGGAAGCAGUCAGCUAACUACAGUUUAGUGUUUGGCCAAAAGGUCAAAGGUAUGGGUGUGUCAGCAUGUCAAAUGAAACCAAUGCAUGUGGUUUGAACCCAGAGAAUAACAUUGCAUGCAUCAUCUCAAAUUGGAUCUGCAUGACUUUGAAUGGAUUGUAUCUCUCUGAAUGAAGGAUAUUUUGAUUCCGGCACAGUAUAUUCCUUUGUACGCAAGGGAUCUUGAGGUGUUGCUGUGCAUUUGAAUCGUAUUCCUUGUCUUUGUCUCGUGUUCUUGUCCUUGACCAAGGCCUCUGCAUGUAGGCUUUGACAUAGGGAUCUAUUUUGUGGACACUGUCAGUUAGGAUGAUUCACACGUUUGAUAUUAUUUCCACAGAGCGUACUUGGCCUCCACCUGAGCAACUUCGAUGUGAAUUCUGACUUCUGAUGUGAUACAACUAGACAUUUGAAUGUGCUUCCUACUCAAUCUGUUUUCAGGGUUCAUAUAUUGAGAACUGCCAUUCAUCUGGACUGUGUGACACAUUCAACUCGAAAUAAUUGUCCUUGCUCCACAAAUGGAUACUACAUAACAAGAUACAUUGUUUGAUACUGUAGUGUUAAAAUACACAGGGACUGCAGGGUAGGUUUGGUUGUAUAUUGCAAAUAUUUCAUAAAUAUUUUACUGGAUGUGAACUGGCAUUGGAUGUAUUUUCUUUCCUGUGUAUAUACUGUCACACCCACGCCAUACUCACAAUAAGGCAUGAUUAAAUACACAUAAAAAAAAAACAUUUUUUAAUAGUUUCAACAUUCUGAUGAGCAUUGUUUUUGAUCUUACAGGACAUGUCCACAGUAGUUGUUCCACUCUGUGACUGGGAGGGAGUAUGUCCCCUGUCUUUAUUUGACUGUCCCCAAUGUCACUGCAGUUUGACAUAGUACUGUAGAGCCGUUAUAUCUAAAAAGCAACGUCUCUGGAGCCUCAAUCUUCCGUUUUAUUUUGACCCCCUUGUGUUAAUUUAUUACUUGAACAUAAACUAUGCAAAAAGAUUCAUUAAAAUGUACUUUCUUACCAAACAAUAGCUGCAUGCACCACCGUGUCAUAACUUACAAAUGUUCAGAGGCAAACCAGGUGUGUUUUAUCCCACAUUUAUUCAGGCUUGGCUGAUUGGCCAACCAAAAAAGGUGUAUCUUUGUUUUGCCUAAUAUGAAGCAGGAGGGUUUUUUCAUCUGAUGGAUAAUGGGAUUGAUUUAUGCCCAUAUAAGGCUAUCCUCAGAGAAUAACUCAAUGUUUGCAGACAAAAAGAAAUACACUGCCAGUCAUCCAUUCAGUGUCACUGUCAUUCUGUUCCUGACUCAUUAGGCAAAAAAAGCUAGAAGUUAGAUGCUAUAUUGUCUCCGAGUUGUAUUAAGUCAUUAAGUUUGGCAAUUAUUAAGCCAUGCUUCUAGAUGUACAGUACUUCAUAUAUUUAUGUGACUCUGCUUGGUGAAUAGUUGAUUGACUGGAUGAAAAGUUGGAGCUCAACAAAAAUGCAAAACAGGAACUGUGGACUGAUAAACUGAUAGGGCAGAACUGAAUAAUUCUACCUGCAUUGCAAGGCCCUUUUUCUUUUCACAUAUAAAAAUAAAUAUGACAAGCACAGGUAAAUAGGACCAAAGGUAAGACAAAUUUCACAAGCAUGAUGACAAAGCAUGCUGCUGAUUUUCACACGUGGGACAAUGUCUAGUCAUAACCCCCAAGCCUAUUCACAUCACUACCAAACAUCUGUCCAUCCUGUUAAAACUACAUCCACAACACAGAGAAUUCCCCCUAAAAACAACCUGAGGCAAACAGUCCAAAUAGUCACCAGUACAUUCUACCUAUUCAUUUAAAAAAGGCCUUUUCUCUUACAGUAACUCAACAGACAUGCUUAGAAAAACUGUAACAGUGGAAAUAGUUUGAGGAAUCUCUCUUACCAACAACUGCCCUUGGUACACAGGAUUUCUGCUUUUAAUAAAGUUGUGUGUUCAAUAAAUAUGUACAAACCAUCACUUCAUAAAAAGAAGACAACCCCUUUUACAGAACAGCAACAGAACAGCACAUUAUCACCACAGACAGAAGUCCAGAUAGACACAUAACCGAACAUUCACUUCAACAUCCAAAUUGUAAGAACAGCCUUCAAAAAUGUUGAUGCAAUUUUGUCUAUUUUAUAAUUUUUUGAAUCCUCAAAAUCAUAUGCCAUGGUUGGCAUUUGUUGCAAGUAACGAUACAAAAGACAAAAGCAAUAAAACAUCAAUAUAAACUGUAAAAAACUUCAAAUCAUUUUAAAGAGAGUGGGACCCCCUUCAUCUUUGAGGUUUCUCUGUUUCUGUGUUCACAAAUACUGUAAUUGCACUUUCUUUUAUCAUUUUGAACUUCAACAUUUUUCUUCUGGAAUUGUCUACUCAGCAUUGCGUUGAACUAUAUUGCUUUCAGGGGAGGAUAUUUGUCUUCUACACUGGGGAAUAUACUCUGUACUGUAAGGUUGGAAUAACUAGGUUGACUCAACCGUUUUUUUGCCUCGUAGGGAUGGUGGUCCCCUUCUAACUUACCUAUUGACAAUCACAAAUACAUCCCUUACAAUAGCUCUACUGGUCAGGCUGUCGACUAGUGGAAACACACAGUGACGCAGCACUUUCCAUUCAGACAUGCUGUAUUAUUAAGCUCCCGGCUGAUGACUCUGCACUAACAAUCCUAGAAAAUAGAUUUAACCUUUAAUCUAUGUCCGUGUUAUAUGGUACUAUUUAAAGCUCGCGGCUGAUAACCGUGCAAAGCUUUACUGCAUUUCGUUAAGUGUGAAUCUGGCAAUAUUGUGGUCAGGACCAGAACAACACGGACAUGUCAAUAUACAAAUACUUUCAGUCAAUAUUUAUAUUUCUCUUAUCUUAAUAUAUAUUUUAUCCUCUCCCCCUGUUUUAUAUACACACACAUAUACAGAGGCGUCAGUAUUUACAAUAGUGUUGUUAUGGAUAAAAUAUAUAGCACUUGAACAUAAGUGCAUGAAAGGGCAGCGUUUGUUGUGGCUUCCAGGCAAUAAUCAGUGUUAUGGAUGGAACAUUUCUAAGGAGAAAAAGUCAUAGGUCUGUAUAGGUCAUGGGCGGGCGCCUGACCUUUGAACCCCAACACCGGAUAAACCGAUUGGACCAUUGGUCUUUUGUGCUGUGGAUGUCAAUCCAACUCCUCUGCACCGUAAUCAUCGGUAUACAGUAAAUACUUUCAUCACAAUAAGAAAUACUUCACAUUCCUCAUUGUGAAAGUAUUGUUUUUUUUAAUUGUGUGGUGGGGGGACUGAAACUGAAACCUCUGUAUCAUUUCAAUGAGAGCCUAUUCUCAUUCGCCGUAUGAUAGAAUAUAAACGUAUAUUCUAGCACCAGAAGAAAUGUACCUAUAUUCCGGAUUACACCCACACACACAGGCACAGAACUGCACCCAUAUACACACUCACUCUCAGAAGAGUUUCCAAUAUUUGCUUUCAAACAGCUGAGCCGGCUCCCCAGUGACAGGCUCUUGCCAGAGAAGUCUCAGGGCGCUCAUUAACAGAGUUACAGAGACCACAGAGAGGAGGUAUACAGACAAAGGGUGUUAAUUUGAGCCAGUUUG